CAACGCCUAUCUUGGUUUAGUGCAAGGCGGUGAGACUAAAUUUUGCGCAGUUUGACAGACAAACCCGUUUGGGAAAGGCGAUGGAUAUUAGUAUCGGGGCCGGAAUGCUUCAGUGAGUCAAAUGCCCCGCAUUAAAACAAUUCGUUGCCCAAACCUGAAGAAAGGUGAGUUAGAGCUGUUGCUUGAGUAAUAGACUUCUAUCUACGCUUAUAAUUCUCACGUAUCUUGUUCUUUUCAAUUAUUAUUACUGACUCUGACACCUCUUAUAUCCAGGUCUUAGUCAUGGCGGGCUCCGAUCUCGUUGACCAUUCCCCUCACCAUCCCACCAAAGCCUCACGGCUUGAUAGCGCUUCAAAUGUCAUUCUGAUCGACAACUAUGAUUCUUUUACUUGGAAUGUUUACCAGUAUCUGGUUCUUGAGGGCGCCACCGUCCAGGUGUUUCGCAAUGAUGAAUUAUCCUUGGAGGAAUUGAUCGCCAAAAAGCCGACUCAAUUGGUCAUCAGUCCUGGUCCGGGCCACCCGACCACGGACGCUGGAAUCAGUAACGCUGCAAUUCAAUACUUCAGCGGUAAAGUACCAGUUUUUGGUGUGUGUAUGGGUCAGCAGUGCAUUAUCUCUUCCUUUGGUGGCAAAGUCGAUGUCACAGGCGAGAUCUUGCAUGGUAAGACGUCAGUGAUAACACAUGAUGGCAAGGGUGCAUAUGAAGGGCUGCCGACCUCGCUCGCCGUGACCAGAUAUCAUUCCCUUGCUGGAACCCACUCAACAAUCCCUGACUGCUUGGAGGUAACGUCUUACGCCCAGCUGGGCGAGGACAGUAACAAGACCGUUAUCAUGGGCGUGAGGCACAAGCAGCUUGCUGUGGAGGGUGUCCAGUUUCAUCCUGAAAGUAUUCUCACCGAGUAUGGCCGAGGGAUGUUUAGAAACUUCCUCAAACUUACAGCGGGUACAUGGGAGGGUAACGGCAAACAAUCCAGCGCACAGAGUGGCGCUUCUGUUGUGACUGGGUUGGCUGCCUCGAAUACCACCCCGAAGGUAGACAAGAAGACAUCCAUCUUAGAAAAGAUAUAUGAUCACCGCAGGGCUGCUGUUGCCAUCCAGAAGACUAUUCCUUCGCAACGGCCCGCGGAUCUUCAGGCUGCUUACGACCUCAACAUUGCUCCUCCACAACUCUCAUUCCCUGCUCGUUUAAGACAAUCACCUUAUCCGUUGUCUCUUAUGGCUGAAAUUAAGCGCGCUUCCCCUUCCAAGGGUAUGAUCGCAGAGAACGCGUGUGCCCCUGCCCAGGCUAGAGAGUACGCCAAGGCCGGCGCCAGCGUUAUUUCUGUCCUCACUGAGCCAGAAUGGUUCAAAGGUAGCAUCGACGACUUGCGUGCCGUCCGCCAGAGCUUAGAAGGGGUUACGAACAGACCUGCAAUCUUGAGGAAGGAGUUUGUCUUUGAUGAAUAUCAGAUUCUAGAAGCCCGUCUUGCUGGGGCUGAUACUAUUCUGCUCAUCGUGAAAAUGCUAAGCGUUGAGCUUCUUACAAGACUGUAUCACUAUUCCCGCAGCUUGGGAAUGGAGCCUCUCGUUGAGGUUAAUACUCCGGAGGAAAUGAAGAUUGCGGUCCAGCUUGGAGCCGAGGUGAUUGGCGUAAACAACAGAGACUUGACAAGCUUCGAGGUUGAUCUCGGUACGACGAGUCGUCUCAUGGACCAGGUUAAUGAGAAUACUAUUGUUUGCGCACUUAGUGGAAUUUCCGGGCCCAAGGAUGUCGAGGCUUACAAGAGAGAAGGUGUCAAAGCAAUCCUUGUGGGAGAGGCACUUAUGCGGGCAUCUAACACAUCGGCUUUUGUUGCAGAGCUUCUUGGGGGGUCUUACGGGGAAUCUGCUCAAGCUUCACGAGCCUCGCCGUUAGUCAAGAUCUGCGGUACACGAUCUGAAGACGGAGCUCGGGCGGCUAUUGAGGCUGGUGCUGAUCUGGUUGGUAUUAUUCAAGUACAGGGACGAAAGCGAACUGUUUCAGACGAUGUUGCUCUUCGAAUUUCUCAAGUUGUGAAGUCGACAAAACGACCUGUCCCUCAUGCCGCUUCGACCACUCAAGGAACAUCACCUGCAGCCUCGGUUGAUUACUUUGAUCAUUCCAAUAAUGUUCUACGCCAUCCCAACCGGGCCCUGCUCGUGGGUGUGUUCCAGAAUCAGCCAUUGUCAUACAUCCUGGAGCAGCAACAAAAGCUGGAGCUCGACGUAGUUCAAUUACACGGUUCUGAGCCAUUGGAAUGGGCUAGGUUAAUACCGGUGCCUGUCAUCCGCAAAUUCGGUCUUGACGAGACUGGAAUUGCACGAAGAGCCUACCACACUUUGCCCUUACUUGAUUCUGGAGCUGGUGGCUCUGGUGAAUUGCUCGACCAAUCCGGUGUUCAAAACGUUCUGGACAGCGAUGCUGGCCUGCGUGUUAUCUUGGCUGGCGGAUUGGAUCCCACAAACGUUGCUGACACAAUUACGAAGCUAGGAAAAUCAGGUCACAAGGUUGUUGGGGUAGAUGUCAGUUCUGGUGUGGAGUCGGAUGGCGCUCAGGAUCCGAGUAAAAUUCAUGCCUUUGUACAGGCAGUGAGAGGACUUCAGCAGUAAUUCAUAGGCUUUUUGUUCUCAGAUACCAGCAACUUGUCACGGACCCGCAGCGAUGAUCAUGAAUGAGUUUCCUUUUGUCUUUUGAGCAAUGACUCAAUCUACACUUCAAUUUCGGGCUGCGAUUCACAUUUAGUUUAUGAACUAGUUUUAAGAUACAACUAUCUCAAAUCAGAUGUGUCUAUAGUCAAGAUUGCGAACUAUGCUCGAGCUCUCACUUUCAAAUCAUCCCAGGAAUGCGUUCAUUGUUGAUAGUAUGACAUUUCAUGAAUCACCUCGUUCUAUAAACUCUUUCUCUACUCUCACACAACCUAGCUCUUCCACUCAGCAUAGCAGAUAAGUAGUUGUUGCCAGACCAUCUAGUUGCCUUCUCGAAUCCCAAGUGCUUUCCGACGAUCUACCUGUCCUGUUCCACAAACCAACCGCCUACCUAUAUUCAUACAGUCAAUAUGGGCAAGACUUUUGCAAAGGUUCACUUGUGCUCGGCUGGGAAGCUUGGAGACAGCGGUAAAAAAAUUCCGCAAUGGGUUCAAGCAAACGGGGGAAGGUAUUCUAGGAAAGUCACUCAAGAUGUGACGCACCUAGUUACAACCAAAGACGCCUAUAUGAACAACAUCCCU